AUGCUGGGGUCUGUUUUUGGAGGACCCUCUUCCACCCCACCAGGUGCCAGGCAGUUGGCAGGUGCCAGGGACACGGCGUUCGCGGGCCGGCGCGCGGCGUGCGGCGCCGUGCUGCUGACGGAGCUGCUGGAGCGCGCCGCCUUCUACGGCGUCACGGCCAACCUGGUGCUGUUCGUGAACGGGCCGCGCUUCGGCUGGGAGGGCGCGCAGGCCAGCCAGGCGCUGCUGCUCUUCAUGGGCCUCACCUACCUGGUGUCGCCGUUCGGGGGCUGGCUGGCCGACGCUUGGCUCGGCCGCGCGCGCGCCAUCCUGCUCAGCCUGGCGCUCUACCUGCUCGGCAUGCUGGCCUUCCCGCUGCUGGCCGCGCCCACCACGCGCGCCGCGCUCUGCGGGGCCCCGCGCCCCACGCGCGUCCGCAACUGCUCGGCGCCGGCCUGCGCGGACGAGCCCUCCCGCUACUGCGCGCCCGCCGUGCUGACCGCGCUCGCGAUCGUCGGCCUGGGCGUGGGCGCCGUCAAGGCCAACAUCACGCCCUUCGGCGCCGACCAGGUUAAAGAUCGAGGUCCGGAAGCCACAAGAAGGUUUUUUAAUUGGUUUUAUUGGAGCAUUAAUCUGGGAGCAAUUGUCUCGCUGGGAGGCAUUGCCUACAUCCAGCAGAACGUGGGCUUUGUGACCGGCUACCUCAUCCCGACCAUCUGCAUCGGCGUCUCUUUUGUGGUCUUCCUCUGUGCCCAGAGCUUCUUCAUCACCAAGCCUCCCGAUGGCAGCGCCUUCACUGAUAUGUUCAAGAUACUGGCCUAUUCCUGCCGGCCCCGGAAGCGAGGUGGAGAAUGCAGCCGUAGUGGUGAAGGCAUUGGAGUCUUUCAGCAAUCUUCUAAACAAAGUCUGUUUGAUUCAUGUAAGAUGUCUCGUGGAGGGCCAUUUACAGAAGAUAAAGUGGAAGAUGUGAAGGCUCUUGUCAAGAUUAUCCCUGUUUUCUUGGCUUUGAUUCCUUACUGGACAGUAUAUUUUCAAAUGCAGACAACGUAUGUUUUACAGAGUCUUCACUUGAAGAUUCCGAAAAUUUCCAAUGUUACAACCACUCCUCAUACGUUUCCGGCAGCCUGGCUGACUAUGUUCGAUGCAGUGCUCAUCCUCCUGUUAAUUCCCUUAAAGGAUAAACUGGUCGAUCCCAUUUUGAGAAGAAAUGGCUUACUCCCGUCAUCCUUAAAAAGGAUCGCUGUUGGCAUGUUCUUUGUAAUGUGUUCUGCCUUCGCUGCAGGAAUUUUGGAAAGCAAGAGGCUGGACCUUGUUAAGGAGAAAACCAUUAAUCAGACCAUUGGAAAUGUCGUUUAUUUUGCUGCCGACUUGCCAAUAUGGUGGCAGGUCCCACAGUACGUGCUGAUUGGUGUCAGUGAGAUAUUUGCAAGCAUAGCAGGUCUGGAAUUCGCAUAUUCCGCCGCGCCCAAGUCCAUGCAGAGCGCCAUAAUGGGCUUGUUCUUUUUCUUCUCUGGCGUCGGCUCCUUCGUGGGCUCAGGACUGUUGGCGCUGGUGUCCAUCAAAGCCAUCGGAUGGAUGAGCAACCACACAGACUUCGGUAACAUUAACGGCUGCUAUUUGAACUACUACUUUUUUCUUCUGGCUGCUAUUCAAGGAGGCACCCUCCUGCUUUUCCUUAUUGUUUCUGUGAGAUACGACCGCCAGCGAUCACGAGCGAAUGGAACGCCCGCCAGCAGAAGGACCUGACGCGUCUGAGGUCCGGUCGGGUCU